AUAGGCUGCCGGGGCCGGGGGGGGGGCCAGCAGCUGGGGGCACGCUGCACGGCGGGGGACCCUACAAAUUGGGGCGCCAGGGGCACCAGCGAGCUUCUGGGGUCUUCUGCUGCAGGAGGUGGUGACUCCCUGGGGGAGGGAAGCAGCAGAAAUGCCUUCAAUGACAGACCAGCAGGCGGAAGCCCGUGCCUUCCUCAGCGAGGAGAUGAUCGCGGAAUUCAAGGCCGCCUUCGACAUGUUUGAUGCGGAUGGUGGUGGGGACAUCAGCACCAAGGAGCUGGGGACAGUGAUGAGGAUGUUGGGGCAGAACCCCACCAAGGAGGAGCUGGACGCCAUCAUAGAGGAGGUGGACGAGGACGGCAGCGGCACCAUCGACUUCGAGGAGUUCCUGGUGAUGAUGGUGCGCCAGAUGAAGGAGGACGCCAAGGGCAAGUCUGAGGAGGAGUUGGCCAACUGCUUCCGCGUCUUCGACCGGAACGCGGACGGGUUCAUCGACAUAGAGGAGCUGGGUGAGAUCCUGAGGGCCACGGGGGAGCACGUCACCGAGGAGGACAUAGAGGAUCUGAUGAAGGACUCAGACAAGAACAACGAUGGCCGCAUCGACUUCGAUGAGUUCCUGAAGAUGAUGGAGGGUGUGCAGUAAGGGACCAGACAUUCCUCGGGCCGGCCGCUGCACCCAGCCUUCCUCCACCACCAUCCGGGGAGCAGCAGCUCCGCAGCACCUGGCCCCCGGCCGCCCACACUGGCUGGGACCCUGCCCUGCGCCAGGGCUCCAGUCUUGCCCCCGCUGCUGGCGGCCGAGCUUUUCCUCCAGCCUGUCGCAUGCAGUUUCAGUCUGAGCCUCAAUAAAAGGGGAAAGGCUUGA